AUGGCUCCCCUCUCCGCCGCCGAGCUGCUGGCGCUCAGCGAGACCGACGUGACUGUGCGCCUCACGCCAGAGCAGUUUCUUCCCGCAUUGUCGCAGGCACCGUUUGUCAACAUCGAGGGCACGUUCAAUGCACGCGACAUUGGCAAGCUGCCGGCAAGCACCGCGAGCCCGUCCGCCGGCACCGUCCGCCCCGGAUUCGUGUUCCGCAGCGGUAUGCUUGCCCGCCUGACUGACCGCGGCAAAGCCACGCUGGCCAGCGACCUCGGGAUUCGUCGUGUUUUUGAUUUCCGGUCGCAGAGCGAGCACGCCCAGGCACCAGACCCGACGCCAGCCGACAGCGUCACCCUGGUCUGGCAGGAGACGGCCGAGGAGACGCCGCACGUGUCGCUGGAGCCAUUUGCCGAGGGCUUCGGUGAGGCCGGGUUUGCGCAGACGUACUUGGACGUGCUGCGGGCGUACCGGCCGACAGUGAAACAUCUUCUCGAGCACGUCCGUGACCGACCGGAGCAGCCGUUCCUAUUUCAUUGCACGGCCGGCCGUGAUCGGACGGGCGUUCUGGCGGCCCUGCUGCUGACCCUGGCCGGCGCGGCUCCCGACACCAUCGCCCUUGAUUACAUGCUCUCCCGCAUUGGCUCGGAGCCCGUGCGCGACGAGCUCGAAAAGUUUGCGCGCAUGGGCACCGGUGUGCCGGAGCGCAAACCCGACGACAGCCCCGAGGCGAUCGCGGCGGCGGUUGCAGCGACACCGCCCGGCUUCCUAAACCUCAUCAACCUGCGCGUGGUGUGCUGGAACGCGUUCCUGGAGGCGCUCGACAAGGAGCACGGCGGGUUCGAGGGCUAUGUUACAAAGACGCUGGGCUUCUCCGACGGAGACGUGGCCACGAUCAAGAAGAACCUGACGACGGCACCGUGA